AUGGCUGGAACGAUCACCUUUACUGUCUCCACUCCCUGCAACGCAAAGGGUAAACCAUCAGGCUACCGGCUGGUCCAGUAUGCCGAUGGUGGGCUCUCUGUGAUUUCACAUUUGAAGGACCAUAAUAUGGCAGACAUUGACAUAAACGUGCAAGCAUUCUGCUAUUUGAAGCCCAGGAGUAGAGCCGUAGUACCAGAUUGCGUUAAUGAUGGGUUGGUGGAUUCGUCAGAUUACAUGGUUUUGGCCAAAUCCAGUGGUUUCAUCGAAAUAAUAAAGGACUUCCAGUUCAAGUCUCAACAAGGCCUCCCUUUGAACCCCUCUUUUGUCCUAAGAUGUUCUCCAGAGGAUAAUGUGGACUUGAGAUGCGAUUCGAUGGUAGCAGGACUUCAGUACAAAGAGGGCUUGCUUUACUGCUGCUUGUGUUCGGGGAAAAUCUACGUAUAUGUGCUGAACCUGCCUCACGAUUAUAUUCAAGCAGAAAACUCCUUCGUUAUAUCCCAGCCGGCUGAGUUAUUUUACUCUGGCUCGACAUGCCCUGAUCUAUCAGGCGGGAGGGAUACACGGUCUUUGGAAGAAGCUACGUUUUAUGUGAAUAUGAAGUACACUGGUAGAUCACGAUUGAAGCAUAUAUGCUACUAUCUGCUUCCCAUGGAACCCAAUCAUUUGAGGGUUUCGCCUGCCAUCUUCCUCUUUGGCCAUUGUUACAAGGACGUUGUUAUCUUCAAGCCUUCUAUCUUCGUUGAGCUGGAUCAAGGUGUAACAACAUUUCGCAUCAAUCCCUUGGACCGCUUUAGCUUUUUUACGGCAUCACCUCGCUCUGCGCUGAUGAUCAGAAAGAUAAUGCUUCCUAUGGCUUACGUCGACUUCUUUAUUGCAUUCACUACAAAGAAGAAAAUCGUCCAGGAGGCCAUACCUGAGGAGAUCAAAUCAUGGAAUAUGAUUGCGCAGGAGAAUGGGUACAACUCGCUGGUGAACUGGAUUCUAGAGGAGCCUAUUCAUGAUCUCAGCAAUCUUGCAACUAUUUUUUGGGAGGACCUUGCCAGAUAUGAUGGCAUAUCGAUUCAGCGGACUAUAACAGUUUGGAUACAAAAGCAAGCACAUGUGAAAGAUGAUAUAUUUAAGCUUUUCCGUCAUGGAUCAAGUCCCUAUGAUAACGAUUUUAGUCGUCGAAAUAGUGCUGAAACACCAGUAAGCAAUGCUCCUAGACGAUUGACAAGACACGGUUUCGAUAGAAAUGUUUUGCGAUCUCAUAUCGACUUACCGCAUGUCAUGGAUUGGGAGCUGGGCUCGUUCGUACGUGAUCUGGGAAGAAACUCAUUUAUGGCGGAUUUUCAAGUGAUACAAUCGAACACCGAUUCAAAUGGUGGUGAACAUGACGACAGGGAAGAAGAAGAUGGAGAAACUAGAACGUCUUUUCUUACCGACAGUUACAAAGAUAUGGACGUAGUUUGCAUUGACAGAUAUUCGACAUUAACUGUAUUUCGGCCUAGACAGCUAGAUUUGGCGGUCAAAAGGGUAGAUUUCCUUCAAUACUGCAUGAGAUAUAGCGGUGAGUCUUCUAUGAGAGGUGAGGAGGCUCUUUUGCAGAGGGUGCUGAGUACUUUCACCUGUCUGAAGAAACUAUUCAUGCUUACGGAAUCACUGUGCAUGGCGCUGGACACAAAUGGGGUGCUUUUAAUAAACCGGCACCAAUUAUCGGAGGCCAACAUUACUGAGCAAGUUACCGGUCAGGCCGUCAAAGUGGCACCUUUUAACAUUGGCCUGAUCAGUGACGCUGUGCUGAUCGUCAACAAACUGGACAAGAAAGGCAAUGGCUCGUUUGAGAUAGCCUAUAACUUAUUAGUUACUUGCAUCCCUGCACAAAUCCUUGCCCUUGAGGGUACUUUUGUUCCAGGAUCCAGAGUUGGUGAGAUAAUUCUUCGAGAUUCACUCAAACUGAAGCGGAAGGAUAGAUUUGUAGAUCGGAUCUGUCUUGUGAGCUAUGAGCCUUCGAGGCGAGAUAGGAAACGCUCCUUUGAUUUAAGUGGUCCAAGCAUUACCAAGCGAACCAAAUGGGAAUAA